AUACCCUGGACUGUUUACAGCUGAAGAGCCUUCGUGCGGUCAGAGGAAACAGUCGCUCUUCUCUUCAGAGGACAAAUACAAAUACGGAAACGUGGCUCACGGUUUUUUCUUCCGAGGUUGAAUCCCCUGUGAGAUAAAGGGUCAGCCAAGAUGACGAUAAACCUGGGUGUUAAGGCUCUCCUCAGCUGGGUCAACAGCAUCAAACUGUCCGACCGAGAAAUCGCUGUAGACGAUCUACAAGAUGGCACGUUGUUUCUGAAAGUGAUUUACAUGCUGAAAAAGCAAUCCAACCCCUGUUUCAGUCAUUCCACUGAGGACCGGUUCAAUCUCAUUGCAGACUUUGUGGAAAGCGAUUGCAGAUUUAGUGCAGCCAAAGGCUCGUCACUCUCUCUGGGCAACAUAAGAGAUGGCAUCAACCUAACUGUAGAAAUUGCAAAGGUGCUGUUGCUGCUCGUAUAUUAUGACAUGAUGAAUGAUCGCUGCACUCUGAACAUGCUGGAGUGUGAUGUGGAGCGCGAGAUAGCAAACCUGACUGGUUCCUUUGUGAUGGAGAGCGAAGACUGUGUUUAUCUGAGCAAUAGGAUUGACGCCUAUUUAGCAAAGAGACAUUUGCCGGUCUCCCGUGAGAUAUUUGAGCGAUCAGCAACCACCUCUACCUCCAAUGUGUCGACAAUGUCCUCGCUGUCAGAUGAGAAUUCUCCUGUAUUCCACCGCACGAAAAAAAUCACAUUUGUGGACAUGCACACUGUUGCUUCUUCCUCAGCGAGCAAGUCUCCGCUCCAGGACAUUAUGAACACACCUAAAUUUCAGAUGAGGGUGAUGCAGCGUCAGAUGAUGAAGGAGAGAGAUUACAGAGAUGGGUUGGAAAGGGAGCUGUCCGGCAAGCUGUCACUCAUUUCACAGAAAGAGUCUCAUGUUAAUCAGCUACAGUAUCGUCUGGAUAAGUUGAAAGAAGAGCAAGGCGAUCAGGAGGAUGUUACCAGGGAACAGAUCAAUAAUCUCGAGACCAAGAACAACACGUUACAAAUGCGUCUUAAUGAGAUAUUCAAGAAAAACAAAGACCUGAAGAGUACGUCCUCUCUUAUGGAGCGUAAAGUGGACAACCUGACAGACGAAAAUGGUGUCUUAUCUUCCCAGGUGAGAACAGUGUGUUCACAGCUGGCCAUCUUCGAGGCCGAAGUGGGCCGACUGACAGAAAGCCAAGCAUCAUCUCAGGAGGAGUGGCAGAGCCAAACAACCCACUUACAGACUGAGCUCAACCAAGCUACUGCUGAAAAGGAGCUUCUGACUGAACAAAUUCAGAUCCUCCAGGGAAAGAUUUCCUGUUUGGAGGAUGAAAUAAGCAAAGCCACUCAAGAAGAAGUAGGAGAGAAUAUGGGGCCUGUGAUGGAGAGAGAAAUGGUGGAGACUGAGAUCAACGACUUGAAGAAUGAGCUGGACAGCACAUUUAGCUCCCUGAAGCAGGCUGAGAUGGAGAUUCAGACCAAAUCGCAUCAGCUGGCCGACUACCAGCAGGAAAUCACUCAACAGAAAGAGCUCCUGCAGCAACAGAAAUCCCAAACGGGGGAGAUGAUUCAAGCCAAGGAUGAACUUUUAGACAAAUUGCAAAAGGAGAUCACUGAGCAGAGAGCAGCUCUUCACCAAGAGAUCCAGCAUCUCAAGCUUCAACUUGACCAGGUCGAGCAGCAGAAAACUGAGCAGACGACCAGACUGCAACAGCAUGUCGCUGCAUGUGAACGAGAAAUUGAAAGACUGAAAGAAAUGAAGAGAGAGAGAGAAGACCUUCUCCACCAGACUGAAGAAAAGGUGAAAGAUCUGGAAGCAAAGUUAUCUGCUGCCAGUUCUCUCUUGGCUGAUAAAGACCAACAAAUUAUCAGCCUCAAAGACAAAAUCGAUGUUCUCACAGAUGAAGCAAAAAUAAUCAAAGAAGAAAUUCAAGCCAAAGAAGAAAUGCUCGCCAAAAUACUUCUGGAGAAGUCGAAUGAGCAAGAAAUUCUUCAUGAUAAAAUCCAGACAUUAACGACUCAAGUGGAAGACUUAAACUCAUCUCUCAAACAGGCUGAGCAAGAAAUUCAACAUAAGCAAGACCUACUGGCUAAAACCCAUCAAGAGAAUAUCGAACAAAGGGAGAUGCUCCAACAGCAGGUAGCAACCUGUGAAGAGGAGGUUCAGAAAGUCAAUGCAGAAAUACAGGUCAGAAAUCAGCAACUUGUAACAUUGAGGAACGACAGCUCUUGUCAGUCUGGAUUGCUGGAGGAAGAGAUUCAAGGUCUUAAAAGCCAAGUAGAAAAUCUGAAUGACUCUCUCUCAAAGUCUGCACAGCAGGUUCAGGCACAGCUAGUUCUGCUCGACAAGCAGGAGCAGGAGAGUUCACAUCAGAAGGAGAUUCUGCAGCAACAACUGUCUGCUUCUGAUGAUCAGGUGAGGAGCAUGAGGGAGGAGAUCCAAGUUAAAGAGGAACAGAUGAACAUGCUGAGGACUGACGGCUCCGAGCAGUCAGAUUCUCUAAAUCAAGAGAUCCAGAGUUUGAAAGAACAGGUAGAGAGUCUAAGUUUUUCGCUGACAUCUGCUGAGGAGAAUUUGCAAUCCAAAGAGAAUCUGUUUGCCGAACAGCAACUGCAGAAAGCUCAACACAUGGAGGCGCUGCAGGCACAGAUGGUAGCUUCUCGAGAUGACGUGAAGAGGCUGAAUGUGGAGAUUCAUGCCAGGGAGGACCAGUUAGUUCAGCUGAAGUCUGAGACUUCAACACACUCUGACUUGCUACAGCAGGAGAUUGAAGGUCUGAAUAAGCAAAUAAAAAGCAUUGGCGAUUCUAUUGACGUCGCCAAAGACCAGGUUCAAGCCAAAGAUGAUUUGAAUGCCAAGCAGGAGCAGGAGAGUACUCUGCAGAUUGAGGCUCUUAAAAAGCACAGUGCUGCCCUAGAGGAGGAAGUAAAUCGGCUGAAGGAAGAAAUCCAAACUAAACGGGUUGAGGUAGAUGAGAUAAAGUUUGAGAGCUGUAAGGAGUCAGAAGUGCUACAAACUCAGAUCCAAACUCUGAGGGAUCAGGUGGAACAUUUGAGUGGAUCACUGAGGACUGCAACAGAACAGGUUCAGGAUAAAGAGAACCUGCUGGCUCAGAAGGAAUCUGAGAUUUCUCAGGGAAAAGAUAAAUAUCAAAAUCUGAUGGAAACCUCUGAAGAGCAGGUCAGAGGACUUAGAGAACAGAUCCAGGCUAAAGAGGAACAACUGGUCAUAUUGAGAAAAGAUGGCACCACACAUUCUGACAUUCUACAGCAAGAGACAUGUCUGAAAAACCAACUCGACAGUACGGUCGACUCGCUCACAAAGGCUGAAGAAAAGAUCCAGAUACAAGUGGUUCUGCUCGACAAGCAGGAGCAUGAGAGUUCACAUCAGAAGGAGCUUCUGCAGCAACAACUGUCUGCUUCUGAAGAUCGGGUGAGGAGCAUAAAGGAGGAGAUCCAAGCUAAAGAGGAACAGAUGAACAUGCUGAGGACUGACGGCUCCGAGCAGUCAGAUUCUCUAAAUCAAGAGAUCCAGAGUUUGAAAGAACAGGUAGAGAGUCUAAGUUUUUCGCUGACAUCUGUUGAGGAGAAUUUGCAAUCCAAAGAGAAUCUGUUUGCCGAACAGCAACUGCAGAAAGCUCAACACAUUGAGGCGCUGCAGGCACAGAUGGUAGCUUCUCAAGAUGACGUGAAGAGGCUGAAUGUGGAGAUUCAUUCCAGGGAGGAGAAGCUGGACCAGCUGAAGUCUGAGACUUCAACACACUCUGACUUGCUACAGCAAGAGAUUGAAGGUCUGAAGAAGCAAAUAAAAAGCAUGAGCGAUUCUCUUGAAGUUGCCAAAGACCAGGUUCAAGCCAAAGAUGAUUUGAAUGCCAAGCAGGAGCAGGAGAGCACUCUGCAGAUUGAGGCUCUUAAAAAGCACAGUGCUGCCCUAGAGGAGGAAGUAAAUUGGCUGAAGGAGAAAAUCCAAACUAAACAGGGUGAGGUUAAUGCUUUAAAUAUCGAGAGCUGCAAAGAGUCAGAAGUGCUACAAACUGAGAUCCAAACUCUGAGGGAUCAGGUGGAACAUUUGAGUGGAUCACUGAAGACUUCAACAGAACAGGUUCAGGAAAAAGAGCACCUGCUGGCUCAGAAGGAUUCAGAGAUUUCUCAGGGAAAAGAUAAAUAUCAAAAUCUGAUGGAAACCUCUGAAGAGCAGGUCAGAGGACUUAGAGAACAGAUCCAGGCUAAAGAGGAACAACUGGUCAUAUUGAGAAAAGAUGGCACCACACAUUCUGACAUUCUACAGCAAGAGAUGACAUGUCUGACAAACCAACUCGACAGUACGGUCGACUCGCUCACAAAGGCUGAAGAAAAGAUCCAGAUACAAGUGGUUCUCCUCGACAAGCAGCAGCAUGAGAGUUCACAUCAGAAGGAGAUUCUGCAGCAACAACUGUCUGCUUCUGAAGAUCGGGUGAGGAGCAUGAGGGAGGAGAUCCAAGCUAAAGAGGUACAGGUGAACAUGCUGAGGACUGAUGGCUCCGAGCAGUCAGAUUCUCUAAAUCAAGAGAUCCAGAGUUUGAAAGAACAGGUGGAGAGUCUUAGUUUCUCACUUAGCAAAGUUGUGGAAGAUGUGCAGUCCAAGGAAGAUCUAUUAGCUCAACGUGAAGAUGAGAUACAGAAGCUAAAAGCAUGUCGGAGUGAGAUGGAGAGUCUCCUCCUCAGGACUGAGCAAAGGAUCGAGAUCCUCCAGACAGAGUUGUCUGCUGUCAACGCACUUGUGGCUGAUAAAGACCAACAUCUCACCAGCCUCAGAGAGGAGGUCGCUGUCCAGGCUAUCCAGUUGCAAAAAGCAAGAGAGGAAGCUGAAGCCAAUGAGAGAAUUCUGGCUGAGAUCAGGAUGGAGAGCUCCAAACAAACAGAUGUUCUUCAACGUGAGAUCCAGGCUCUGAAAGGAGAAGUAAAAGACAUUUCUUUAGAACUCUCCGCCAAGGAGCAAAUGCUACUCAAAACUCAACAGGAAUCCUCUCAGCAGAUCGACCUCCUCCAGCAGCAGCUCGUCUCUGUUAACACAGAGCUGAACCAACACAAAGACACGCAUGCUGCAAACCUCAGGCUGAGGGAGGGUGUGGAAGAGUUGCAAGUUGCAACCCUCAGGGAAAAGGAGGCUCUAGUUCAAGAAAGACAAGAGCUCUUGGCCAGGAUACAUCAGGCAGAAAUUGACCAGAAAGCUCUGGAGAAACAGCUCAAAGCCAUGGCCUUCGAGAAGGAGAGACUUGCUCAAUCCAAGCAGGCUACAGAGAAAGAGAACGCGACCUCCCGUAAACUGGAAUCUGUGCUGCAGCAGGAGCUGGAAAUGCUGAAAAUGGAGAAAGAGAAGCUCCUGAAAGAGUCUGAAAAGGCUGAAGACAUUGAGGUGCUAAAGAGAGGGCUGCAGGAACAGCUCUCAGCUAAAUCAGAGGCUGUAGAACACUACAAGGCACAGAUGGAGAAAGCAGUGAAUCACUACAAUGGCAAGAAGCAGCUUCUCCAGGAGUGCCAACAGGAGGUGACUGAACUCAAGCACUCCUUAGGCGUUAAAGAGUGUGAAGUAAAGACAAUCACUAUGGAGAACAAGCUGCUUCAGCGGGAUUUGGGGAAAACCCAAACCAACGAGAAAAACCUCCUCGAAACGGUGGCCAGUUUGAAAGCACAGUUGACCUUUGCUGACCACAACCUGCAGCUGCACAAUAAGGUUCAUGGUAAAAAAGGAAGUGCAACAGAGUUGAGUUACUUGGAUAUUCACAACACACACUCAAGCCUCCAGACCAGGGUGAAGAGAACCGUGAGCUCUGAUAGCCUGGACCAGAGCUCUCUGGAGGACUCUCUGAACAACACAAGGAAACUUUCUGGACCUGAUGAAUCAAGCACACCACUUGUUCGAAGCUCUGAGCGGUUGGCAGCCAAACGACGGGGUCUUCAGUCCGAGUCACUGGAAACACUCUACUUCACACCUAUAAGCACCAGACAGAUUAACAGGACCAGUACAGAGAACAGAAUGGAACUGGAUUCAACUCGCAAAAAUCCAAGUUCUUCAGUCAAAAGACGCAGGACCACGCAGGUUAUAAACAUCACCUUGACCAAGAAAACCCCAGGCGACGGUGAAGGUGAUGAGACUUUCUACAGUCUGGCCUCAGCUCGCUCCCACCCAAACCUCUCCAGGGCUCACCCUGCAAAACCCGUGUCUAUGGAGCUGUUUGGUACACCUGCCAGAAUGACCGCUGCCACCAGCGACCAACUCAUCAGCCUUCCAGGGUACAGACGGAGUACAAUCCAUUCACAGACCACUAGUACGUUUUGUGUGGGAUCAGAGAACGAGCCAGAGGGUGCUCCUGAUGACUGGCUUAGGAUUGCUGAGCUGCAGUCCAGGAACAGGGCCUGUCUUCCUCAUCUGAAGAGCAGCUACCCUGUGGAGUCGGAGGCUGGCCAAGGCAGCGUAUUCAUUUUCACAGACGAAGAAGUCCGUACAGGCGACCCAUCUGACACAAUCUGCCGGGCGUCCACGAUGCCUGGCCAGCUGCAGGACUCUCUCGUCUCCCAUCGUCACUCCCUCAUGAUGGGUCAGUCGGGUGCUGCAGCCAAUACUCGUUCUCACCGUCUGUCCUUGAUGCCCGGCCAGCUGCCGUCAAAAUCCGUCAGCUCCUCUCAGAUAAGGAGCCCAAAAGGAACAAAGCGAUCAUCAUCUACGUUGUCUGUUCAUCAAAUUUCACCUGAGAAAAGGGUGAAGGCCAGCUGCUUCCCCCGUCCCCUCACUCCCAAAAACAAGAACGUGAACAGUGGAUCUUCCAGCUCUCAUCUGCGACCCGUCCUCAGUCCAGCUGAGCGAAGGCAGUCCAUGAUGUUCACUGUUGACAAUACCCCUAAGAAAGACAACUACCUGAAGAAAGGGUUGAAGAAACUACGCACUUCCACCAACAACCCUUCAGGAGAUUCUAACUCUGGAGUAGGACGAGCCAGCAGAACCGUCAACUUUAAGUCACCACAGGUGACAAUUAAAGGACGGAGGAAGUCUCCACAAACCACCAGCAAGAUAGGAAAGUCUCCUGGGCUGACUGCUAGUGCUCGCAAGAAACCUGUGUCUGUAAAUGAAGAAAACUUUGCUGGAGGUCGGAGAAGAUGAUGAGGAGAAUGAAGGUGUGAGGACUGGUUCCCAAUUUGAUUUAUGAUCUUCUUCAUUUCUACUUGAUUAUACUUUUUUCUUUUUUGUUGUUGUCCUUCAGGACUUUUUUUUAAAUUCUUGUCUUAAUAAUCUACCUUUAUUUCCUCUGUAUUAUAUUUACAUGUUUCUGAAUAAAAACUUUUAAAUGAGA